AUGGAACGACUCUGGGGUGAAAAUUUCAUUGACCCUGCUACCAAGAAAUGGACCAGCAAGAACACUAGUUGUCCAACAUGCAAACGUGGUUUCUUUCAGUUCUGUUAUGAACCUAUCAAGCAGAUUAUUAAUACUUGUAUGAAUGAUCAGAAAGAUAAGCUCUGGCCAUUGUUGCAGAAGCUUGGUGUCUCCAUGAAGUCUGAAGAAAAAGAUUUGAUGGGUAAAGCAUUAAUGAAACGUGUUAUGCAAACAUGGCUUCCUGCUAGUAGUGCUCUUCUUGAAAUGAUGGUAUUCCAUCUGCAAUCUCCUGUCAUGGCUCAAAAAUACCGUGUAGAGAACUUGUAUGAUGGUCCACUUGAUGAUCAUAUGCUAGUGCAAUUAGGAACUGCGAUCCUGACUGUCCUCUUAUGCUCGAUGUAUCCAAGAUGA